AAGCCUUGUGAUUGGUCAGCACACAGUAAAGAACGCUGUGAUUGGUUAGAGGCUGAUCUGUGUAUUUUAGUGUUCUGUGGUAUCAGUCCGAUAUUACAGUAAUGAUUAAUAAUCUGUAUGCUGUGCAGUUGUGCUGUGUACCCGUGUCUGUGCGUCAGAGAGUUGGUCUCGGUGCUGGGGUGGAGGGUGUGUGUGUGUGGGGGGGGGGCGUAUCUGCGCACUGAUCUGAAUGGUAAAGAGAGCAGCACAAGAACCCAUUGUAUGCUAAUCUUAGCAUGGGAGCGGCUACAGCGUGACUGCUCUUCAUUAGCAAUGCAAAGCUGCUCUGCUGCACCGUAACGGCUCUCCGGAACACAUCAACCCUUUCUGCACCGCUGUUAACUCCAGCUGCUCCGCUCCUCAGCAGGGACCCACCAAGCUACAGACCUGGAACCGAAAAUGAACUGGGCGUCCUUCUACGCCGUGAUCAGCGGCGUGAACCGGCACUCCACCGGGAUCGGCCGGAUUUGGCUCUCCGUCCUUUUCAUCUUCCGGAUCCUGGUGCUGGUGGUGGCGGCCGAGAGCGUCUGGGGCGAUGAGAGGUCGCACUUCACCUGCAACACGCAGCAGCCGGGCUGCAACAGCGUCUGCUACGACCACUUCUUCCCCAUCUCGCACAUCCGCCUGUGGGCGCUGCAGCUGAUCCUGGUCUCCAGCCCCGCCCUGCUGGUCACCAUGCACAUCGCACACCGCCGACACGUGGACAAGAAGCUGUACCGGCGCUCGGGCCGUGGUAGCCCCAAGGAGCUGGAGCAGAUCAAAACGCAGAAGAUGAAGAUCACCGGUGCCCUCUGGUGGACGUACCUGAUCAGUCUGCUGUUCCGCGUGCUCUUUGAGUCCGCCUUCCUCUACCUGUUCUACAUGAUCUACCCCGGGUACCGGAUGUUCCGGCUGGUCAAGUGCGACUCGUAUCCGUGUCCCAACACCGUCGACUGCUUCGUCUCGCGGCCCACCGAGAAAACCGUCUUCACCGUCUUCAUGCUGGCUGUGUCCGGCAUCUGCAUCGUCCUCAACAUCGCCGAGGUCGUCUUCCUCGUCGGCAAGGCGACCAGCCAGCAUCUGAACAACGCCAAAGACUCGCCGGUCGGCGCCUGGAUCUCUCAGAAACUCUUCUCCUACUAAAGAAAUGGUCUUUUAGAGACACGCCCCCCACAAACCCCAGAAAUUCUAACCCUGACCAGAGGAGCUGAACUCUCCCUCCUCUGAGAAGAUCUCUAGUGAGACGUCCGGCUACGUUCUGAUUUUUUGCUUUGAUCUGACACAGAUUCACCCGAAUAUCUGAUGGUUAUUUCAAUAACCUCAAAUAUUUUAUAUGUUUCGUCAGUUUACUGCAAUUAAAAUGACGUAUUAACAUCGUUACUUUUUGAGUCAACAUUUUAUGUCGUUUUUAUCUCUGAAUAAAUUUGUGUUACUCCAGCGCUGCCUGUUCAACACGUUAUUGAUCAGGAUGUGCACUUGCGGAUCGUUUCGGGUCGCAGGUCAGUUCACGUUAAAGACAGAUACGAGUCGCACAAAAGAUCGUGAACCAUCAAAAUCAGAUCUGAGCAAAAAAUCAAGGCUUGUAAUGUGGACGUAGCCUCGGUGAUCUCUCCUGGUCAGACACUAGAUGGCGCUGACGAGUCCAGUAUGAGUGGGUUUCUAUGGAGCUGUUCAGCAAAACUGUUACAGAAAUUGAUCAAUAAGCUCAAUGCAGAACAUCAUAAAAUGAUUCAACUGCAUUUUUAAUCAUUUUAGUUAAAUUAUUUUUUAAAACAUAAAAAAGCAGAAAUACUGACGUUUACUGAUUUUUAAAUGUAAUACAUUCUACUACCAAGAUUAAAGUUUCGCCAUGAACGUCUGGAAACAUCAUGAACAUUUUCAGCUGUUUGGUUCCAUUCACUCCCAUUCACUGAGCGCUCCCUCUGGCGCCCUCUAGUGCUGCACAGUGAUGUUUCUGUAAUGAAGGGCCUGUAAAGAUCCAGAACUCAGUUCACUGCAGUGUUUUGGGAGAUUUUCACCCACAGCUUUAAAAAUGAACCUGUAAAAUGUAAAGUUGGUGCUUUUUAUGUAACAUGAGGGUUUACAUCAACACAGCUCUGCGAUUCAGGAACAAAGAAGAGAACAGCAGAGCAGAAAGAGAGAGAGAGAGAGAGA